GUCAUUUUAAAUCACACGAGCACCGGUCUCGCUUCGGCCGAUCGAAGCUUGCUCCUUUUCCGGCUCCGUUCGCCUUCUAAAGAAAUGCUCUCUGUCUCUCUCUCACACACACACACAUCCGUCCGAUCGCUGCUUCUCUUGGCCUCUGUUUGACCGUAAUCAAAUCGGGUCGGGGGGGUUCAACGAAAACGCUACAGAUAUUGCGGCCUUUCAGGCUCUGAUCGACCUUCCUGUGCGCCCGAAUAAGCAAUAAAUCAUGUAACCAACAAUAUUGUGUUCUCACAUUGGUGUAUGCUACACCAGAAUGGCUUCAAUGGCAUGCCAUCAUGCCCUCAGUUCCAUCCAAACUCAGGGAUUGCAAAAUAAAGUUGGAAGCUUUUCAGGGAAAAUAGUUUCCAAGGGCUCUAUGAUAGACAUGGGACUUCUUUCAAGAGCAAUCUGCUACUCUGUGAGAAGGAAUUUGUGUACGGUUCAUGCAUCAAGCUCUUCUCCAGUUGCCAAUCCAAUUCAAAUACCAUCAAAUGGCGAAUCUAAAGAUUUUAGGAAAAAAUCAGAUGAAACUGCACUUAUACUGAUAAGACAUGGUGAGUCUUUAUGGAAUGAGAAAAAUCUCUUCACAGGAUGUGUUGAUGUACCUUUGACUCAAAAGGGUGUGGAGGAAGCAAUUGAAGCUGGCAAAAGAAUAAGCAAUAUACCUAUUGACAUGAUCUAUACAUCUUCACUGAUUCGUGCUCAGAUGACUGCUAUGCUUGCAAUGACCCAACAUCGCCGCAAGAAGGUUCCAAUCAUCAAGCACAAUGAGAGUGAACAGGCCUGGAAAUGGAGUCAGAUACACAGUGAAGAAACAACGAAACAGUCCAUUCCUGUGAUAACAUCUUGGCAACUGAAUGAAAGAAUGUAUGGUGAACUACAAGGCCUCAAUAAGCAAGAAACAGCUGACCGUUUUGGAAAAGAAAAAGUUCAAGAAUGGCGUCGUAGUUAUGAUAUUCCUCCCCCAGAUGGUGAGAGUUUGGAGAUGUGUGCUGAUAGAGCUGUGGCUUAUUUCAAAGAGCAAAUUGUACCUCAACUCUUGACUGGGAAAAAUGUGAUGAUUGCUGCCCAUGGAAACUCGCUUAGGUCCAUUAUUAUGUACCUGGACAAGUUGACUUCUCAGGAGGUCAUCAGCCUUGAACUGUCAACUGGCAUUCCUAUGCUUUAUAUAUUCAAGGAUGGAAAGUUUUUUAGGAGAGGAAGCCCAACCGGUCCUUCUGAGGCUGGUGUUUAUGCUUAUACCAGAAAACUUGUGCAGACCGAAAGUAGUAAACAAUUCAAGUUCCACUUGUUCUUGUUCAUGGUGAGUAAUGCAAUUCUCUUGCAUGUGAAUGCAGAGUUUGGCUCUUUACAGACAGAAGCUGGAUGAAAUGUUCCAUUAACUACCCGCUUCAACUAGGCCAUACCAGAGUUCUCUCAUCUACACAAAAGCUGACCCAUUUGUGAUGUCUUAAUUCCUACAAGCAUCUAUUGAUGAGAUCUUUUUCCCCUUGUUCUAGAGAUGGAUUCUCGUGCAAUGCUGAAGAUUAUGCAGAUUACUUUUUCCCCUUUUCAUUUUUGAUCUUCAUAUUAUCAUAGACUGGGGGUGGUGUUUUGUUACAACUGCCCUAUACAAAUUCAGAACAGGUAACUGCUAUCGAUAUUUCUUGGAGAAGCACAUGACCAUCCAUCAGAAUUGUUUGCCUUGAUAUGGCUUCUUUGCUAUUAUUCUGGUCAGGUGAAAGUAAUCCUGGUUCUUAUACAUCAACAUCAGUGGUCAAAAUCCUUGCGACACCUAGUGGUACUGCAUUGGCAAUUUCAGUCUUCAGGCCAAGGGCAGAAAAGGGCUACAGGCUACUGUUCCACAGUUCUCCUCAAGUUCAAGUCCUUGGCCCUGGGGGAGAAAAAUGGAUCCCUGGUGUGGAGUCACUGAUAAUGCCGCUCAGGUUACCAGAUUGCAAUGUAAACCAUGAAGCACAACCCAGCUGGAACUGCAACAGCAUUUGGCUCCAUGACAAAGAUAUAUUCCUGCAGUAUGUUGAUGAGACCACAAAAAUUUUAUGGCCUUGAGAAGCGAUAAGGAUGCUGUUAUAAGACUCCAAUGGAGCACAGAUGGGACUCUGGGAUACCUGGUAUGUAGAAACUGGGAAGCAAGUGACAAAGUGUGGAACAUUCAUCCUUUGUGAAUUCAUGCUGCCCUUCACAAGGGGCCUACCUCUUAUUGUGGGUUGCUCUACUGAUGGAACAGCCUAAUUCUGGGACUUAUAUAUUUAAGUGGUGCAAUCCAGACAUUUCUGGACAAGUAGUAGAUCGCAUCUGUAAGUUCGUCUGGUAGAUCACAUUUGUAAGUUCCACUGUGAUAGCAGAAAACAAUUUUACCGGAGGAUUGGACAAGGAUAACGAAGUAUGCGAUUUAGCAGGAAUGACGUAACAAUGACACUCCAAUGUCAUGGAACAAUGUCACUCCAGUGUCAUGGGAACAUGAUCUGAUACACAGCUGAUUCCUGGUGGAUCUUAUCUUUUGACUAAUGGCAUGGAUUGCAUGCUUUGGGUCCGGAAAAGGCACCUCUUUAGACUUGUUCCCUAAUUUGCAUGCUUCAAUUCUGGGACAUGUGCGUCCAUAUGCUCCCAAUAUCAGAUGAAAAGAUGCCGAUGCCAUGGCAUUUUGUGCAAGCUCCUGGACACAAUGGCUCUGUAAAUAAGACUGUUCUAUCCAACUGAGCCCGUCAUAAGUACUUGCAGUAGAGACAAGCAAAUAAAUUCUGGAGAGAUUUGAAGCAUUGGGCACCCCACUCAGCUUGCUUGGAGCUUUGAAAGCUGAGAUGGACAAUGGUUGCUUUGAUCGUACUUGAAAGAUAUUACUAAAUGGUAUUUACGGCUUUCUUCAUAUACAGGUUUUUGGUAUCUAUGUUCUAGUGCUUAUUUUGAGCUGCCAACUUUCAUGUCUCCGUAAGCUUGUAGUCUGCUGAAGGAUUGGCCUGAUACUGUCACCUUUUACUUUAAAUUUGCAAUGUUGUUGCUGUUGAUUUUUAAAAGAACAGGUUAAAGACUUGGACAACCUAAACAGCAAGCCAAGAGGCCCACAAGAACUCAUCCCAUCCAUAACAGCGUGGAAAAUGCAUAGCUUGAGCAAGAUGGGGAAAAUUGCUGUAGAAAAUUAGAGAACCUGUUCUGCAAACAUGAGUUUGAAGUCCAAUGAACAUUUCCUGAUCUAAUGAAGGGCAGACAAAAUUGUGGCUUUGUUCCCAUGGACCAUCAUCAGCUCUGGUAUACUCUGAGAAACACCAUAUGUGAAAGUCAACAGAUGAAACAAUCAAGUCAAAAAGAAAUUCCCAUUCAUAGUACCAGAGAGUGCUUUGUGAGACCAGGUCCCUGGGUCAUUAAAGCUGAUUGGAAACAUCAGCCUGCUAUUUCCAAAGGCAGUAGGUAUCCAGACUGAUUACAUCGAACACUUUUCUUCUUCAUGUUUAAAUGCAGGUCAAGCAUCCAGGUGAGUGAGCUGGGAAGUCCACAGUCAUGGGUUUCAAAUAUAUAUAUAUAUAUAUAUUUGGUGAUGGAACACUGACUCAUUGCUGGUAGCCUUAUCCUGACCACUCUGCUGGUCUUUUAAUGUGGCCUUUUUCUUCUGCACACAACAUCUUUUGAUCUGACCAGAGUCUCUUCUUUAUUAUCCACCGAUGAAUGCAGUACAGGGGAAGCGGACAAAUGGUGGGCCAGCCUCUUGCUUUCUGAUCGCUCGAGAGACGAUGGAGACCUUCCAUGAAGAGUAGACUUCCUUAGGAAGUGGCAGAGCACCAAACGCUGCUGCAAAGGAUGUGAUCACUAACAGCAUCUUUUAACGGGGUAGUGCUAUAUAAUAAGUUGGCAAAAUCAUGCAAGCCUACCGUGAUGGUUGGCUGCGAUAUUUUUGUCAUUUUUAUCUUGAUGCGUGUAUGCCAUCAUAACAUUGUUACCUGAAAUAAUUAUGAUGAGCACUGAAAGAUAUCGUAUUAGAGUGGUGUUAUUUGAUGCAGUUGAUCAAA